AUGGCAGCGUCGUCGCAGGAAUGGGUCGCUCUGGUGGCUUGCUUGCAGUCACCGACAGAGCGGACCAAGCCGGGCGUGUGGCAAAAAGCACUGUCGGGACUGGCGCAGUUGCGGUUUCCUUUGCCCGGGGUGGAAGAGAAGGACGCUCGCUUCGUGCUGACCCUGUUUACGCCAGCCAAUCUGCAGGACGACCCCCGCCCCGCUGCCCACUAUUGCAAGUUUGUCACCAACAUCCUCUACCACCAGGACAACCUUGAACUUGAUGAGGGGGUGCUCGAGGGCAUCCUGGCGACGGUGGUUGGUAUUCUCCGCCGCUAUUCGCGCGGCCCCGAUGCCAACACAGAUGUCACUCUCCAUGGCCUCCGCGCGCUUUCCUCUCUUGUCUACGACUCCAUCAACGUCUCAGUCCAUUUGCGCGAGCAGCUCAUUGGCUCUUCUGGUUUGCUCGAGUCACUGGCAAGCAUCACCAACGACCAGCUGCAGGCCCGCCGACUUGCCAUCCAAUGCCUCGGCUAUGCUUGUGCCAACCUCCGCAAACAGCAGCUGACCUCACAACAUGCCUCCCUGCCUAAAGCCAUGAGCAUUUUUCGACGUGUGUUGAUUGAAAAUUUGCAAGCACCUAUGGAGGAGGUGGACCCUUACAUUCGUUACAAGCUUCUUUCCGCUGCUCUCAAGACUCUCCAGCACGUUGUCGACGUUGCAACCAACAUCCCAGAUGAGGAAGCCCUUUAUCUCUUGGCCACGGUGAAGGCCUUGAUGUUUUGCGACAUUGCAGCAGCCCAACAGGUGGCACGCCAUCCGGGCUCAUGGGUGGUAGAGGUUCGCUCGGGAUCUUCAACCAAGUUCUACGACCCGCUGGAGCGCUAUGCACCUCCCACACGGCAUGCUCAAAGUGUCGCUUGCGACGAAGCGCAGCUGCAGACGUGGCCUCCGAGCGCUAUCGCGCUCCUCAGCAGCAGCAGCGACGUGGUGAUGCGAACCGCCGCGAUUCGACGGGCCGAGGUGGCCCUGGAGCUGGCAGCUCAGCGACGAGUUCUGGCAACAAACAGAUGCGGCGCCGUCGUCGGCCACAAGGCUCAGCAGACCGCAGUGCUACGAAUGCUGCAGGCGUCUCCGAAUCAGAGCUGUCUGACGCGACACCCACAACGAACCAAGGCAAAAAGUAUGUUGCUGUUCAGGCAUGAGCUCGAGCUCUCAUUUUUGCACACGACACGAGCAUCUCAAUCUGAGCGCGCCAUUAGGGUUUCGGCCAGUCAAGUGCGGGCGGCAGCCACCGAGGCUGCCCACCACUUACUCCGCCGGUUGCCGGCUCGUCUCUUGCACGUGUACUGGCAAACCUUCAUUCCGGAUGCUAUCAUUGGAGCAGGGGCGGGCCCGUCCGCUCACGGCUCCUUGCUGGAGAGCCUGGAGUUGGAGGUUGCUCCGCAAGCUCAGCAAGCCACCCUGCAGUUGAUUGCAACCAUGAUCAAUCAGUCAAGCAAUUUGAUUAAAUCCGCAUCGAACCGACGCCGCGGCACAGCCUUUACGUCUUUGGCGGAAUCCUUUGCCAACAUGCUGUAUGGCUUGCACCGUGGCUUGGUUCAACUUCUGCAACGUGCCAACACGUUCCACUCGACUGUAGCCUGCAUCCGCUGCCUGGAGCAGCUCUUGGUCAUCGUCCCCUACGCCGCGCUGCAAGACGACUACGCAUCCCUCUUUGCCACUGCCGUUGCUGUUCUCCUUGAAUCAGCUGGCACGCCCCACGUACACCACAAUCUCGUUUCUACGGGCCUGCGCUUGCUGGCUAAUGUGUUUACCAGCCAGGUCGAUCAGUCAACCUUUGCGUCGCGUUUGCACGCACAACCCAUUGGUUCAGAUACAUUGUGGGGCCUCUUUUUGUCGAUGGCUGAGAACGAUUCUGACGUCGUUAACACCCAGCUUCAAGGCGAAGCCAUCCACACACUGAGCGCACAUGUAUGUGGCAGUCCAGCCGUCUCGUUGGACGCUAUGGAUCGCCACUUGAAACUGGUGGAACGGUUGACCAGCAGCAGCAGCGACGCUGCUCUAUUACUUCACACCGUCAAGCUGGCUGAGGACAUUUGCGUAGCCUUGCAGCGUACUUCGCUGAGCGAAUCUCAUCUGGAGCGGCAUUCGCCAACACUCUCUUCGGUUGUGUGCGAUGCAAUUGCUGCAGUGGGCGAGACAAUGUUUCAACGCCUUGAGGUAGGCUAUGACUACCGAGCCUACCCACCAGGUCCAGGCUGGAAACAGCGCCAUCUGCCAGCGCUGCUACUUGGGCUGAGUGAGCAUGAGCAACCAUCCAUUCGCGCGGCCGCGUGUCGUGCACUGGGCCAGUUGCUCAACUACAAUUGCUUGGCUGACGAUGGCUUGUUUGUCACCGACUGUCUCGAGACUCUGGUCAAGCGAUGCGAGGAUUCAGCUGUCGCAGUCACAGCGCGGGCUUCCUGGGCUCUGGGAAAUUUUGGGGAUGUCGUGCUCCGAAAGUUGAUGGGCUCCAAUGACUAUCGUUGCGAUUUCAUCUCCCAAGAUCUACGUACGGCCGUGAAUCAGCAAACCUGCAAAAUGCUCCGAUCUGCAAAGGACAAGAUGUUGCACGAGCUUGGCCAACUACUGCGCAAAGCCGCCAAGCAUGGCCCCGCCAAGGUGCGCUGGAACGCCUGUCGUGGGCUGGGUUGUUAUAUGGAUGCAUGUCAGCGCAGCGGUCUUCGCGAUGAGCGUCUCCAGAUGGUGGCUGCAGAUCUUGUGCACGAGCUCGUAGCCGUGUCCAACUACAAAGUGAAGACGUCGGUCGUCAACGCCUUUUGUUGGCCAGGCCACCGUUUAAACAUUGAUGGAUUCCCGGUCGACCUACUCAAGGUGGUGUGGGAGCACUGCCGCAAGCCGACCGAGGCAGCCGAGCAUCAGUAUCAACUCAAUCUGAAACAACGGGUACGUUGA